AUGGGGACACAUGGUGAUGACCUGGAGCAGCAGCUGUCGGAGCAGAAGAAGCUCCUCCAGUCUGUGGCCAUCAGAGGAGAGGAGAUCCUGAUCCAGCAGGCAUCCCCCUGCAGCCCCAUGGAGACCCUCCCCCCCGCGGUGAGGGAGGGGGAGAACAGGAGUCACAUGAGGAAGAAGUGGGAGAGUCUUCGUCUGGAGCUGAGGACCAAACUGAAGCUGCUGCAGGAGACGCUGGAGCAGGAGAGCAAGGAGCAGCCGGUUUAUACGCGGGCGUGUCGAGUGUCAGCAGCUGGAUCUGAGGAGGACAGAUCGUCUCUGAACUCUCUGUACCACAGCUUCAGACACACCGUGGAGGACAUCGCCUCACAGCCGGGGGGGGGCGAGGCCCAGGUGGAGCAGAUGGAGCAGCAGCUCUACUCGGCCGUGUCCUCCACCUCCUGCUGGCUGGACGGGGUGGAGAACUCUGUGUUCUCUGGAUCUGUGAUGCUGAGGGAGCAACCGGACACUCAGGAGACAUGUUGUCUCUGUAACCUGGGUGUCUCUGUCCUCAGGAGACAUGUUGUCUCUGUAACCUGGGUGUCUCUGUCCUCAGGGGACAUGUUGUCUCUGUAA